AUGAGACGAGAAAUAACAGGGGAUGAAGAAUCACCCAUAAGUAUCAAAAUACUUUUGGUUGGUAAUUCCAGUGUUGGCAAAUCAUCUUUAUUACUACGUUUCACAGAGGAUGAUUUCCUCGCUGAUGAGGAUACCAUAGCUACUAUUGGUGUGGACUUUAAAGUGACUAGACUUGAAGUGGAUGAGAAAAAGUAUAAGUUGGCUAUUUGGGAUACAGCAGGACAGGAAAGGUUUAGGACACUCACGGCGAGUUAUUAUCGUGGUGCACAGGGUGUAGUACUUGUCUACGACAUGACCUCACGCAAGACUUUCGAUGAGUUACUUCGAUGGGAUCGCGAAUUGGAUACAUACUGCGGUGAUUCAAUCGUGAAGCUUAUCCUGGGGAACAAAGCGGACAAGUCUUUGGCGAGACAAGUGACGACGGAAGAAGGUAAAGCUUUUGCCGAAAGUCUCGGGGCUUUGUUCAUGGAAUGCUCGGCCAAGACUAAUGAAGGUAUCGAGGAAGCUUUCCGUGAGCUGGUCAGGAAAGUAAGUGGCAUCCCUCCUACAUAUAAAUUCUUCUAA